UUUAUGUCAAAGACUAGUAGCUAGAAAAGAAAAAAGAAAAGAGAAAAAGAGAAAAAAGCGCACCUUCAUCCGAUGUAAGUUGUAACGUUAACUUCUCUCUCUGUGUGAAAUUGUGAAAGUGAUUAACUUCACUCUGGAACACAAUCUCUCUGCAAUGGCUGUAAAUGCCUCCGACGAGGGAAGUGUGGAUCAAAGUUGCAGCAUACCUGUUAGCUGUUCAAAUUUUAAAUUGCUAAAGCAAACUAUUGAUGAAGUCGACCAGCAUUGCCCUGUUGAUAUUUUGUCUCUUCUUUUAGAGAAGGCUCCACUUCCAGCAAAGCUGAAUGGUCCCUUUUACAGCUCACAUGCCCCAGAUGUCUUUAGCAUUUCAGUGUUGCCCGAAGAAGGCAACAGUUUACAAUGUGCUUCAGUAUUGGGCUAUUUGAACUUUUUAAAAGUUUAUAAUUCAUCUAAAAGUCAGAUGUGCAUGGAUGCUCAGUCGACUUGCCAGAACGGCAUUGAUUCACAAGCAAACAUGGCAGAUUCUCAUCCCCCAUGCAUCAUUGAGAUAGAUCUUGAGAAGGGAUGUAUUCAAGCACCAGAAUCUGAAGAGGAAGCUAUCGAAAGUUUGAAACGUGAGGGUUUACUCACUAGGGUGUUUCGCAGACAGGCAAGCCUAAAAGUAGGUGGGAAACUUAUGCAUCUUCUAUUCAACCAUGGCACUUCAAGAGAUAACCCAGUGCCUGAGAAAGUUCAUGAAACACCAAACAACCGGUGGAGAAGAUGCAAACGCACUGCCUCAUUUGAUUCCAGAAAAGUCGUUUUCCUGUUUUCAAUCUUGUCAAGUUUGGGGACAUUGGUUUUGAUAUAUCUGACAUUGAGAGUUCGGCAGAGUGCAGAUGGUUUCAUUCAUGUCUAAUUCGCUGCCACCUCAUUCAUGCUUCAAAUGACUUAGUUGCUGUUGUGUCUUGAGGGCUACUUCUGAAUUAACCUUCUUUGUAAUGUAAAUAUUUGGCCUUUUCUGGUGUCUUCUGUAUAUGGGUAAUUAGA